AUGGUACACACCCGAUCGCUUGCUGUCGCGGCGUCCGCGUUCCUGCUCGGCGAUCCGAGACUGGCCGCCGGAGGAUCCACGGAGCUCCAAAGCGUAUUGAAGAACACGCAUGGCAGCAAUGAUUAUGGCUAUCCCACGGAUUUCACCAGGGGUAUAAUGCCCAUCCCAGUUCACUCACAUAAUGACUAUUGGAGAGACAUACCUUUCUACACGGGCCUAUCCAAAGGAUGCAUCUCGACAGAAGCCGAUGUAUGGCUCUAUAACGACACCCUCUAUGUCGGUCACGACGAAUCCUCCCUGACGAAAGACCGGACCCUUGAAUCCCUCUACAUCAACCCAAUCCUGGAUGUGCUUAAACUCCAGAAUCCCAGUAGCCCAUUUGUAACAACCCCAACCAACAACGGCGUCUUCGACACCUCCACCUCCCAAACACUCUACUUCUUCAUCGACCUCAAAACCUCCGGUCCGGAGACCCUCAAUGCCGUAAUAUCUGCUCUCCAACCUCUCCGCGACCAGGGCUACCUCACCACUCUUAAGGACAACAGCACUAUCACCACUGGCCCCGUCACCGUCAUUGGCACUGGCAACACUCCGCUCGACAUGGUCGGCCCUGUCGCAGACCGGGACUACUUCUACGAUGCGCCACUCGAGGCACUAGCUGACCCCGAAUACGCCGAUAUCACGGAUCUAAUUUCGCCCAUUGCAUCGACGAAUUUCGCGGCUGCCGUGGGACCCGUCAAGGGUGAGAAGCUCAGCGAUAAGCAGAUCAAGGCGCUGAGGGAGCAGAUUCAGACGGCAGAGGAGAGGGGCAUUGGUGCUAGGUAUUGGGGCACGCCGUAUUAUCCGAUCCGGACUAGGAACUUUGUCUGGAGGACGUUGUUGGAGGAGGGGGUUGGGUUGUUGAAUGCGGAUGAUUUGGAUGCUGUGGUGGAGUUUUUUUGA